AUGAUCAGUAAGCCGGAAAAAAGAAGAAGAAGAAGCAGAAGUGUAGUUCUCCAUGUUGCUGCAUUUAAAGGAUCUCUGGAGGCCAAUGUCUCUGUGAAGCGUCCGGGGCCAAACAUCUACCUGGGUGAGAGUGUGCUCCUGCAGUGCACAGUGGAGUCCCUCUCUGGUUUUGUGAAGAGCUACUGGUGGUUCAGGUCCAAACCACACAGGGCUCCCACCCCCAGGCACCUGGUCUCCGGUGACAGCUACUUCAUCACCGCUGUAACACGGGAGGAGGCCGACAGGUACUGGUGCCAAGCCGAGUGUCGGGAGAACCGGACUGAGGUUGAGCUAAAGGCCCGGCCGGUCUCACUUGAAGUGUCAGAAUUGCCCCCUCCCUCGCUCUCUCUGACUCCUGACACCAGGAAGAUAUUCAGUUGGGGGUGUUUCACUCUGCAGUGCCUCACAUCUCAGACUAACUCCUCAGGGUGGAAGCUGGUGCAUUUCUCUCCUGACCUAAAAGCAGGGACCUCAAACCUCACCGUUCACUAUUCAACGCCAGGAGAUGGCGACAUCAUUCUGAAGACCCAAGCCUCCCCUGUGUUUACGGGUGACGAUGUCACCUUGUGUUAUCAGCAUCAGAGCGGCAAACACAAACAAACCAGCUUCUUUAAAAACGGAGCAUUGAUUGACUCUAACAGUUCGUCCGGUUCAGACCGAGUCAUAAAGAUGACUCUUAAGAAUGUGACACGGGAAGAUGAAGGCUUCUACAGGUGUGCGUCCCACGACAGACAGCUGCAGAGUCCAGAGAGCUGGUUAUCAGUGAGACCAGACAGAGGAAACUUCACAUCAGAGGAGACUCCAGCCUCCACUGGUUCCUGGAAAUGGAUCAUUGCUUCAUGUGGGGUUCUACUUCUGAUCGUCAUUCCUUUGACUGUUUGGCUCGUUUGUCACUACAGGUACCAGAAGUUCUGCACUUGGAGCUGCUGGCCAGUUUCCAAACAGGAAGUUCCAGCAGGGGUGCUUCCUGCCACCAAGUUGGAUGUGACAGAGGUGCAGUGGGACCUGUCCUGGAUGGAGAUGUCCAACCUGUUGGAAAAGGAUUCUUAUUGUGGCACGUAAAGGGAAACUCUCUUCUGAAGCCCAGAGAAAGUAUUAACUAUUGGGUCAAACCUAUGAGAAAGCUCAGUCAGUGCUGCAAUUUGUAGUAUUUCAUGGUCACAUGUCAAAAUAGUGCUGCCUGAUAUAUUUUUGAAUUGAAUUAAAUGAGAUGUUUAGGAUUUAUAAGGAUGACUACAUUUGCUGAUGGUGCAGAUUUGAUAGCUUCCAAUACAAAUGUUAUUGUUUCAGUUGUCACAUUUGUCAAUGUCAAUACUUUUGCACAUUUA